AUGGCUGUGUUGGGAGCGGUUGUGUGCGGUGCAGCACAGGAGAAGUACUUGGUGCGCCACUCAGCAUUCCCCCUCACACCGUCAGCUGCCAGCCUGGCAAGAGGCAGCCAGGGAUGGGGACGAACAGGGGAGAGGAAGGGGGGAGGUGAAGGGGAGCAACGGGAGGAAGUUAAGGGGGUGUGGGCGGGGGAAGGGGUGGAAGACAGGGUUGGGGGGGGGAGGUGGGAGUCAACAGGGGGAUGGGAGGGGGGAGUGUCAAAAGGGGAAGAGAGAUACUGCCCAGACCCCUUGCCCUCCCCUCUUCUGGAUUUACCGGUGCAUCAAUACCCGCACACCAUGCACGGCAUGGAAUGA